AUGAAGUUUUUCUCCUUUGCCCUUAUGGGGCUCAUCGCCUCGUCCUUUGCCGCUCCAGAAGCUACCACGACAACCUCGAGCGCGACGGUUACUACCUCUCACAAGCCAAACCUUGCAGAGCCCAUUGCCAACGACAACUCACCCGUUGACGCUUUCGUCCAGUGUCUCUGGCCCGUCAGCGACCGCAUCGUGGGCGAGCUUGGAGGGCUGUCCGACCUCAGCUUCAACAAGCUCAUCGAUGAAAUCCACUGGGAGGUCAUCUGGUGGGGUGACCCAUCCAAGUGGGCGCCCGACCUUUUGGGAAUUGGAAUCAACGCAACUUUCGUUGCUGCCUGUCUCCUGGAAACCGUGGGAGAAGGGGUCGCUCUGACCACUACCGACCUGCUGAACGAGUUCUUGAAGACAUUCGACCUCAUUCCUCGAAACGCAAGCAACACUGCCGUGCCUGGCCUCAGGAGAUAG